GAGGAGUGACUCAUCCACGGGCCAGAUCAAGGCCAUGAAUGCCACGGACGUGACUCUCCUGGUGGGGACGAAUUUUGUCAAGGUGCCUGCGAAGCAGUUUCUGGCAGGUGACUGGAAGGAGUACACUGCGAAGCCGGUGCCCGAGGCGGUGCCCUUCCUCGACAGCCUCCCCGUGAACUGUUUAGAGUUCCAGAUGGGCAUGUGGAAGGCGAGAGUCCUGAACCAAAUGAUUCUGGACAAAACAAUGGGUGCAAGCCACUACGAGGGUCUCGAGGUGUUCCUCAAACCGUCCAGGGAUGUCAGGGCCACAAUUCGGUUCGAGAAGGGCGCCUUGCAGAUUGUUGCAAGCACACAUCGCGUGGAUGUGAAGCCGACCGGCAGCACUAUGAACUCGAGCAUUUGCUGUGGCACGGCAGAGAUGCAGAGCCAGAUCUUCGACAUAUGGCUGAGCUCACCUGUGCAGCAAAGCCCUACACAGGUGCUGCACCCAUUCUGGGUGUUGAGGACCUCCGCAAACGUUGCGGAGUGCAACCUCGAGCUGACUCCGAAGAAUCAUGGAGGCAGGAGAUUGAAAAUGGAGGGAGAUUCGUGGCACAUCCCCAUUGCCAAAAACUCGAAGGUGAUCAACCCAGGCGACUCUUUGAUCCUUUACAAGCCGGUGACAGCUGCAAAGCCCGAGCCCUUGGAGCUUGCAAUGGCACGGCCUGUGGAAGUUCAGCAGGUUUGGUCGAUCAUGGGCGGCCACCUCGGCAAGAAUGCUAAGUGGAUAGCGAAAACAAAAGAUGUGGAAGGCAAGACUUUUGUUCAAAUCGACAAAUGGGAUAAGUACCUCACUCCCUUCGUCACUGGACAGCACAUCCAGCUGAAGAAAGAGAAGGACUCUGUGACGUGGCGCCCCGCCAUCGCAGCGCACGGGAAGAAGACAUGUACGUUGCCGGUCACGCUCGGGGAAGAGACCAUGGAAGCAAGAACUAUGAACAGUCUCUGGUCG